AUGAAGCGCUACGAUCAGAGAUACUCGGACGCUUCUUCUUAUUAUAGGCGACGAAGUGACUUGUCGGGGCCAGCGAUGGCGCCUCCUAACAUGGUUGGACUGGCCUCCAACUAUGGGCAUGGAAAUGUUUCUGGUCCGUACGAUACUGUGGAAAGAGGGUCAGAUGUACCUGGUCCGGGAUCAUAUUGUGGUGACAGGUUUUCAACUUUUCAGCCUAACAUUGGAGGUGGGUUUAACAUUGACAGGGGUGGAGGAGGAAGGGGAUUUGAUUCUGGCCGUGGGGGCAUGCAUGGUUCUGGAAGAGGUUUUGAUUGUGGUAGAAGUUUCAACAGUGGGAGAAAUGGCGGUUUUGAUGUUCGCCAUAGUUCUAGGGGUAGACAUCGCAGCAGGUCGAAAGGUGAGUUGGGCAGUAUUACCCUUCCAAAGCCGGAUUUUGGCAACUUGGUCCCAUUUGAGAAGAACUUCUAUGUGGAGAGUCCAGCUGUGGUGGCAAUGGCCGGGCAGGAGGUUAUGCUUUAUCGUAAAUCUCGUGAAAUUACAGUUGAAGGUCAUGAUAUUCCAAAGCCAAUUCGUUGUUUUGAUGAGGCAAACUUUCCUGGUUACUGUCUUGAAGUUAUUUCUAGGCUAGGGUUUGCUGAACCGACUGCUAUUCAAUCUCAAGGAUGGCCGAUGGCCUUGAAAGGGAGAGAUUUGAUAGGCAUUGCUGAGACUGGUUCAGGGAAAACACUGUCAUAUUUGUUGCCUGCUUUAGUUCAUAUUAGCGCCCAACCUCGUUUAGCACAUGGUGAAGGUCCUGUUGCUCUGGUAUUGGCUCCUACUAGAGAAUUAGCGGUUCAAAUUCAGGGAGAAGCACUUAAGUUUGGAUCAUCUACGGAUAUUAGAAGCACCUGCAUUUAUGGAGGGGCUUCAAAAGGACCUCAAGUUCGUGAUCUUAAAAGAGGUGUUGAAAUUGUAAUUGCUACACCAGGACGGCUGAUAGAUAUGUUGAUAUCUCAACAUACAAACUUGAAGAGGGUGACUUACUUGGUUUUAGAUGAAGCUGAUCGAAUGCUGGAUAUGGGUUUUGAGCCUCAAAUCAGGAAAAUUAUUGCCCAAAUCCGACCUGACAGGCAGACAUUGUAUUGGAGUGCCACAUGGCCAAAGGAUGUGGAGAAACUAGCUAGACAAUUUCUAUGCAAUCCAUACAAGGUAAUUAUUGGUUCCCUAGAUCUCAAAGCAAAUCAGUCUAUAAACCAGAUUGUAGAAGUAGUAACUGACGAAGAGAAAUACGACAGAUUAAUUAGAUUGCUGAAAGAAAUAAUGGAUGGGAGCAGGAUACUUAUUUUUGUUGAGACCAAAAAAGGAUGUGAUCAAGUUACGAGGCAACUGAGAAUGGAUGGAUGGUCAGCGUUGGCUAUCCAUGGCGAUAAAAAUCAGGGUGAAAGAGAUAGGGUCUUAGCCGAAUUUAAAACUGGCCAGAGCCCUAUCAUGAUUGCCACCGAUGUUGCUGCACGUGGUCUUGACGUGAAGGACAUAAAAUGCGUGAUCAACUAUGACUUUCCAGCAAGUCUGGAAGAUUAUGUUCAUAGGAUAGGACGUACUGGACGUGCAGGUGCGAGUGGAACAGCCUUUACAUUCUUCAAACAUGCGAAUGCAAAGUUCGCCAAAGGUCUCUCUAAGAUCCUACAAGAUGCUCGACAAAUAGUUCCUCCACCAUUAUCUGCUUUGGCACAACCAUCUGGUUCAACUGCAGCAGAAGGAAGCUUCCGCUCUAGGGGAAGAGGUGUCGGAAGUGGUAGCUUAUCCCAAGUAUCGGGAUCUAACAAGAUCACUAGUUCAUAAAUAGGAACUUUAAGAUUUGUAAUGAUUUGAUGACUUUUCUUCUUAACUAAAAGUUUGUCUUUGUAAAACAAAAUUAUUUGUUAUGAUUUGCUGGUUAAGUUUGUGUUGUGACAUGUUUACA